UAUUCACAAAAACAUUUGCCCUCCUUAACAAUAUUAAACCACCACCUGUGACAGCAGAAAUCACAGCAGCAGCAGCAGCAGCAGCAGAGGAGACGAUAAAGCCAUUGGAACAAGCGACCAUCAUUGAGCUAAAAGAACCUUCAAGCCCCACUCUAUCUAUCUGGAAAGCAGCUGAACAAAACAACAUAGAAGCCCUUCAAUACCAUAUUGACCAUGCACCACUCGAUACAGCCACAUUGUUGAACACACGAGACCCUGACACAGACUGUACAUUGCUCCACUUACUUAUUGCCAAUGCCGCAACAACUCAGAUCUUGCCUGCACUAAACUUACUCUUGAAACAUGGUGCAGAUGCUACUGCACGCAACAUUUACAACGUACAAGCCAUUCAUAUGGUUUCAUUGCACUGUACUGACCCAUUAUCAGCCAUGGAACAAUUGCUGACAUACCAUGCCAAUCCAAAUGCACCUGAUGGCGAUGGUUGGACGCCCUUACAUUAUGCUGCCCGAUUCUGUCGUACACCUAAGCCUGUACUUCAACUGUUGAUCCAACGUGGUGCUCAAGUCAACUUGACAGAUGUGGGCCACAAGGCACCUAUAUUUGGAUUGCUAGCUAACCAAGACCUUGUGAGUGAAUUUGAGUACUUGAUCCAAGCCAAAGCCGACUUGACUAUCCGUGGUGAUUUCUUGGACUCUGUCAGUCGAGCCACAAGGCCAGGCACUGUUGUCUUACAGGCUAUCAAGUACAGAAGACUCAACUGUCUUGAAUAUCUCAUCAAAUCAAGUGUAGCCAUGCAACAAUUAAGACAAGUACUGGAUAGAGAUGAAUUAUCGUAUGCUACACGUAUGGUCAAGGAGCAACAACUACGAAUGACAUCUGAACAAGAAGUAGCCAAGACUGAACUCUUGCUGCAAUUAUUGCAAGAAUUAGAAGAUCAACUAGAACGAGAUCCUUUGUCCUUAAUCAGUAUGAAUGACAAUCAGCCUUCUGCUGUGAUGAGCAAAUCAACUCAUACUGUACAACAGCGUAAUCCUUCGUUUGUUAAUACUGUCUUGGACCAUAUGCGCCAUAAAUCCAGUAUCCAACGUAAAUCUUCUGUGCCCAACAAACUUUUUAGAAAGAUGAGUCGUAUGCUUCAACGAUCCAAAAGUGACGGCAGUGGUAUGAAUGCCAUACCGCCACAACAAGAAGAAGAAGCACUUUAUAUUGCACCUAACCAUCUAUCUCAUCAAUAAACUUAUUUAUUUAA